AGGUUCCCUAACCAUUCCCCUCUCUGCUUUCAAUUAUUGCUUUGCACCUGCUUCGUCCGUUAAGGCAACGAUCCGAAAUGACAACUCUGUCCUUCCCUCCAGCUACCUCCCUCCUAUAAAUUCAGAAUGAGUUUCUUUCUUACACGGAAAAAGGUCAAAGACAAUGGCGUCUCUCUCUGCCCAAACCCUCCUCUGCAUCGCCUUAACGGUGGUUAUCUGUUUGAUAGGAGGCGUGGAUGGAAGCCUAGAAGGAGGACAGAGGGAGUUCGAUUACUUCGCUUUGUCUCUUCAAUGGCCUGGCACCAUCUGCCACGGAACUCGCCAUUGCUGCUCCUCCAACGCCUGCUGCCGAGGCGCCGAUUCUCCAACUGAAUUUACUAUUCAUGGGUUGUGGCCAGAUUAUAAUGAUGGAACAUGGCCCUCCUGUUGUGCCCAAGUUCAAUUUGAUGUCAAAGAGAUCUCAACAUUGCUUGAUGCGCUUGAGAAGUACUGGCCGUCCUUAUAUUGUGGCCAAUCAUCGACUUGCUACAGUGGAAGAGGGUUAUUUUGGGCUCAUGAGUGGGAGAAGCAUGGAACUUGCUCCUUUCCAGUAUUUCGAGAUGAAUACAGCUACUUUUUAACAACCCUCAAUGUUUACUUCAGAUAUAAUGUUACGAAAAUACUGAAUGAAGCUGGAUAUAUUCCUUCUAAUAGCAAAAGGUAUCCUCUUGGAGGCAUUGUCUCUGCCAUUGAGAAUUCUUUCCAGGCAACACCUGAGGUUAUUUGUUCAAAAGAUGCUGUGGAGGAAAUUCGUUUAUGCUUCUAUAAGGAUUUCAAGCCUCGGAACUGUUUGGCUUCAAAGACCUCAUGUCCAAAGUAUGUAAGCUUUCCAGCAUAUGUCUCAUUGGGGCGUAAUGAAUCUGAAACUGAUGGCUCAUGGAUAUCUGAGGAUGAAGCUCUCUGAGAUGUAGGCUGAUGUUUCUGUACCAAAAUGUAACAUAUUUCAAUUGGAUACAGCAUUGUACAUGGCUGUAUUUGGGUUCCUCAAUUAAACUCUUCAAAUUGUUUAAUUUGAUCAUCGGAAGAAAUGUCUUCUAUGAUCCUUUUUUCUUAAUCACAUUUACUGAUUACCUUACUGUAAGAGAAAUAAACAUGCACGCUAUGCGCAAUAGGAAACAAGUUGUAAA